AUUCUUUAAUCGACGCGAGGAGAUGAUUGAUUGAUUUUAACUCUUUUGAAAAAUUUAGGUCAUUUCAUGGGUUCAGCUGAUACCACCGUUACCGGUUGAUAGCCCCGCCCCCUCAUUACGACGUCUUUGUUUGCGUAUCCCUUCUCUUGUAAAGAGAGAGAAUAUCGCCCACAGCCUCUCAGCCUGAGUAGUUAGUCGAAGAAUUGAGCCCAUUUAGUAAGCCACACGGGGAGAUACCGGUACACUUUUCGGGGCUGCUCAUUUGGUGUUUUUUCACUCUUCUUCUCACUUCUUGUCUUGCUCUAUUUUCCCACCUACCUUUUUCGGUUCCCCUGCCGCGCGGGGAAAGGGGGAAAGGGUAUCCUUAUCCUGGGUUACGAAACCCCCCUCCCAUCGAGCACUUUUAUUAGUUGCUCAUCUCGCGUGGUUAUAACAUUCGACUCACAAGAGCGGGGGAGAGUUUGUGCUUGUUUGCAAACAUCAUUCAUUACUGGACUCCUUUGCCUGCUCCCAUCCCCCACCCCCCUUUCCCCUUCACAUACGGAGAAAGUACGAGGAAGAGAGGAGGGGAUUUUUUUUUUGGUUGGCUGAGGUCGUGUUUUGUUUAUGCUGGAUUUGUUUACGGUCGGGAGGAUUUAUCUCGGCCGCGUUGUUGACUGUCGAGCUCAAGUUCGACUUGUGUUUGCGGUCGCAUUCUGUACAAAACCGGAUCAACAACGCCACGCACGGAGGACGUAUCCGGGAUCUGUAGGCUGGAAUUCUUUGUUUUAUUGUUUCCAGCAUACCACCAGGCGAAAGGGAGGAAAGGGAAAAGCAGCAGAGCAACGAGCGGCAGCCACACCGCACGCAACCAGGCAGCUCCGUCAUCUGUCACCAGCGUAUUUCACCCCUACUUCGCCGCGAAGAUCGGGGUAAGGCCAUCGCGUGCACCGCCCUUCGACGUAGGCCUUUCUUAUCUGACCUUGCAGAGGGGUCCUCUUUCGAGCACAUCCUCUCUCUGUUUUAUCCCCCACCUCCCCCCACCGUCGACGGUACAUUCGCCUUUUGUCGGUUUGCUUCUGAACACCGUCUACAACGUCUAACAAGAUGGCUUCCGUUGCGCCCCCUUAUCAGUAUCAUCCACCUCGGCAUCCGGGAUCAUUCGUCCCCACUACGCCCCGCUCCUCAACGUCGUAUUAUCCAUCCUCAACAUCAACCGUACCCACAUCUUACUCCAUUAUCGGUCCGCCAUCCUCAAUAUCAACUUCUUCAUCACCUCGUUUGAACCUAGGACUUGCCGCCGCACGACAUGCUACGAAGACUCCUGGAAAAUUACACAAACGCGGGCGGUCGUUUUUGAAAAAUAGGGAAGAGACUGUCGACGACGUGGAUGAGGGAUUUUUCUCGGGUCCUGGUUCGCCUCCACCGUCGUUUGAUCAUUACGACCACCCCUCGCAUUCACACUCUCAUCCGGCUUCCGUAUCGGUUGCUGCGCACAGGGCUCGAGGAAAGAUAAAGCCGCUUUUGAAGAAAGUUAGCGGAUCUCGUUCAAAUUCUCUGGAUCUGUCCCGAUCGGACGGUGGUCUUCCAAAUGGUGUAGGAUUGGGCAUUUACGAUGGAGCUGGGUAUGACUCGAGUGGGAUCGAAGAUGAUUCGCCCUUCGCUUAUCGACAUCGAAGAAAUUUUUCCCAAACCAGUGGGAGCUCUCCUUUACUAGUCGGCGGUAACCAGACAUUUUCUCACCCCAAGCGGCAGCUUCCAAGAAGGGGUGGAUAUACACCAGAUGUCACUCAGUACAGCACGUCGAACGAGUCGAGUGACGAGUCAGACAACGAGCAUGCUCCGGAUAAGCCUCGGAGGAACGCGUUGGGAGGCAGCAAGUCGCCAGUUCCGGGUGGACUUCAUUUGAAUACAGGCAGGAGUACCCCCAUGUUACCUACCUUAAGCAUGACGGAUCUACACCAGAGGGCAAGGACCCCUAGCAUCCAAAUGACUACACCUAUAUCACCUGUAUCACCUAUGGAUCUACCUUCAACGGCAUUUCCAUCCAACGUAUCACAACAUGGUAUUAAGGCCUCCUUCAAGCGCUCUCAUAACAGGGCCCGGUCGUCGCUGGACAAGUCAGUAUCGGAAACAACCCCAUCAUUUGAGGCAUCUGUUACUGCAGCACGGCUAGCAUGGGAGGCGAAGGAGGAGAAGAAGGAAGAAAAGAGGGAACGCAAAAGGCGGCGUUCUGAGGCUAAGGAGGGGGAGCGAUCAAGGGCUACAUCGCGUUGUUCGGGUCGUGGACGAGGGAAUUCCGGGUCGAGCAAUCAACAGCACUGGUCGCAUGAGGCGGAUUUUGGCGAUGACGAUAUUGUCAUUGGUGGUGCCAUGAAGGAGAAGGUUGGAGGGUUUGAUGGGUUUGAUGGGAGCCGUACCAGCAGCACGUCACGUAAUGAUAGUCGUGGUCGUCACGGGACCGGCAAGAGGUGGGGAUUAUCUGGAAAGAGCGAGGCACCUAACCCGAAGCGAAAAAGGCCUGGAUUUAAGAAACGCUGGUUGGGGUUCGUUGUCUGGGUACGGAUCGGAGUGGUUAGGAUGCAGCGGAGAUUGGGCUUUUAGAAAAAAUGGAGGUUUCCUGAGAAGGAAGCUCCUUUUUUUAGUUUUUCUUUUGUUCCAUUUGUUCUUCCACGAGGUUUCUGUGAAUAUGGGUUCUGAUGCUUGUCAGAGUUUUUUUUUUUUUGGCUCUUCUCUUCUCUUUCGUCUUGUCUUUUGCUAUGCUUAUAGACAUGGACUUUAGCGGGGCUUUUUUUCCCUCUUUUCUUUGCGGCACUGGAGAAACAAAAUGCCAAAAAAGAAAAGAAUCAUUUUUCUCUUUUUAUUAUGGCUCUUUCCAACGCAUUCUAUUAUGUCAUUUACGAAAUGCCUUUUUUGGGAGGGUGGUUUCUCACUGGAGGGGUUUUUUCUUUUUCCAUCGAAUUUUGGUCGGCUGUUUAUGGUUCAUCUUCCGUUUUCACUUUUUUCGCACUGGGGGUUGGGGUUUGGAAAUUUGCUUUGAACACGUGUAUAUUGGAUUUUUCUUUUCUCAUUUUCUCUUCUGAUCCAUUAAGCCCAGCCACUCCAGUCUGUUGGGAGGUGUUGGGGAAGUUUGCAGACUUUGGAGCCGUUGUACCUUAGUUAGCCCAAGAUGGGCUAACAUACCAUGGACCGACCGUUCGCUCGUUUGCGAGUUUGAAACGAAGCAAGGAAUUCAAUGGAUUAUCGAAGAAAAUCAGAAGAAAAAAUAUCGUAUGAUAACUUAGAUUUUAUUUUAUUUUUGUUGUUCAGCUUGUUGGAGCUUGUAACUUGAAGAAAUGUGGGUUAAGUUGGAUUAACUUGUUUAUGUCUUCAUCACGUCAGCAGUAAGUUAGUGGAAGCAGGACAGAAUGGAGUAGGGAAAAAACAGAAUAGAACAAUUUGUUCCUGGCCUAGCCAAGUCUACCAUAUCCGGGUACUAAUCAAGUCUUCAUCUGGACUAUCCCCAUCGCGAUUGAUAUCCAUGACGUAUCAUUUACUCGCAUUCCUCCCACCGAGCCGUUUCAGAAUUCCGUUACCACCGGUAGCUUGUUUAUCCAUCGGGGCAGGGUUGUACAAGUGGAUGUGAUAAGCACCAAUGGAACAAAAUCUUGGUUGAGAUCUACUCGAGCACUCGUGCAGCAGCGAACGCUCCGGCCAGCCGGUGUCCGGAAUGGGGGCAUUGAAGGGAGAAAAUAUGAAUAGUGGGACAAGGCCGGUUGGUUACACACCAAAG